GCACCUUCUUCACUCCCAACUCUUUCGAUUCGAUAAAUACUCUACUCAACUGCAGUUUUCAGUCGGACUCUUCCUAAAUUGCGCCUCUCCAUUUUCUGUCGAUCUAAUUUACGCCGGUGAUGCAUGUCAUCAUUCUCAUCUCCAUUUUCGAUACAAAGCUUUGAAGAAAUUUAUCCGAAUCGUAAUCUACUUGAUCGUCAUUAAUGCUGACAAACAUCUUGAAGGUAAUUAGGUGAUGAUGGGGAAUCGUGGACCAGAGGAAAGAAACAAAACCAUGCAACUUCCACAUAGGAUUCAGCAGCAGAAAGUUUGCUACAUUUGUGGACAUAGGGGCUUCGAAGAUGCUUUAAUGUGCUGCCCAGAAUGUUUAGAUAGUUUUGUACAUCAAUACUGUUUGGGGAUAGCACCAGGAAGCAUUGAUGAUACAUUUGAUUGGUUUUGCGAGUAUUGCUCUCCACCUAUCGCAUUUGAAGAUAAAAAUUUUCGUGGUGAUGUGGAAGAUUAUCAUAAUGAGAAAGCAAUAGUUUCCAUCAUAGAAGAGGUUGAACCACUAUGCAUUUUGCCACCUUCUAUGGCCUAUAUAAGCUCAAAAAGAAAGGAAUUUAGCGAUAAAUAUCAAGCUGGAACUUCCUCCAUAAUCAUGAGUCAUUCGUUGACAAAGCAACCUGAUUCAUUAGUUUCUCCUUUUAUGGAAAAUCCUAAAGAAAUCAUGAGUGGACUAGUUUUACUAACAAGCCGAUCAGGGGAGAUCACUAUUCAUGCAUUGGAUUCCCAAAUUGCUGAAGACACUUCAAUGACUGGUUCAAUAUUUGUGGGUCACCCUAUGAAUUGUAACAUUUUACCUUUAAUAGGGUGUGAAUGCAAGAGACCUAGGACUAAAAGGCGUAGGAUAUCUUGUUCCUCAAGUAAGAAUGCUCUUGCCUCUAAGCUCACCAUUUCAAGUGUAUCGGCAAUAGGGGAUGAAGAGAGUGGUCAAACUAUUGAUGGUCAAGAAGUUCUAAUGUCUAGAAAGACGGUUAAUGAAACAAGCCAAGCUCAUAAAUAUUUAGAAAUACCUUUUGUGAUGAAUGGAUUAUGUGCGGUGGCUGCUACUCAAGGAUGUGCAGUAUCGAAGAGUAUGAUCGGUACAUGUCGCAGUGAUCUCAGAUUGAAUGAUGAUCAAGAAAUGGGUAUUGGCCUUUUCGAGUUGGGAAUUGAUCCACUAAGAAUUCCCUAUGUGCUAAAUAGAGAAAGUUCUACUUAUCUUAGACAAGGAGCAAAAGCCUUGAUGUCUAUGAAGCCGUCUUUCUCACCAAGGGAGUGUGAAGUGGAUACGAAGAUUGAGAUGAAGGCGUUAAAUGAAGACAAUCAAGACACUUUGCAAAUCAGAGAUGUUUCCAAUUUCGGAGCUCUUGACUCAUCGUUUGUGAAGUCUAUUGUGGAAAGCAAACCUUCAUUUUGUGCAACUAACCUCACCUCUGGAAUGGUUUUAAAUGCCGUAAAUAGGAAUCUUAUGGAAUACCUUGCUAUGACUAAUGAACCGCGUGAGCAGAUUUUUAGUAAGAUUGAUAAAUUACAAGAAAGCAUAACUUAUCUAGAUGUUUGGAAGGAAUAUGAUGUUGAGAUUCAAAAACUUAAAAGUGAACUUGAGGGUGAAAAGGAAAAAUUGCAAGAGGUCAUUAAGAAGCAUCGUCGUUCCAUGUGGAAGGUCAUUUUUGAACUUGAGACUACUAAAAAGGAGCUUAAAAGAAAGAUAGAUGAACUUUCGAUAAAAACCAUGCAAGUUGAAAUGGUCAAGGAUCUUGGAGCUAGUAAAGCAUCAAUGCUUGCUUAAAAAUAAGGAAGCGUGUGACCCUUUGUUGUUGGGAUGCUCGGCACAGAGUGUAUAUGAGCUUCAUCCCUUGUAAAAUUGGGAUGACAUACAAAUCGUUGGUAAUGUUUCACGCACAUUAACGCGCCUUGGGGAUAGUUUGCGAAGACAAUGUGCAGAUUUUGUGAGAUGGUGAAGCUUCGUCAAGUUAGGAACCAUGUAGCUUGUGUUUUAUAUGUAAUUAUAUAUGUUGUUGAAAAAUCAUAUGCUUGAAAUUGUUCCUUAGUAGACUUUUAUUGUUGAGAAGUUGGUCCUUAAUAAACUUUUUAUUUUUGAGAA